UAUAACAUUUUGUAUUAAAAAUUUUUUAUUCCAUAAAUUCCUAAAAUGAUUGAAGAUCAGCGUAAACGUAUUGAAAAAGCUGUUACCGACAUGAUACACGACAUGUACAAGAGCCACUUGAGAAAAAUGCAAUCCAAUAUGCAUUUAUGUGCAGUCAACUGUUGUGAUGAUCUCGGUCAUCGUCCCACUCUAGAAAAUGUACAAUCAUGUAUAGAAGACUGUGCUGCACCCUUGCUGAGGGCCCAAGAAUAUAUACAACAUGAAUUGGGCCUUUUUCAGUCAAAUCUUCAAAAUUGUGUAAUGCAAUGUAACGAUAAUGUUCGUAGCGAUAUACCGCUGAAUACUCACGAAUCGGAUAUUUCAAAAUAUCGUUAUCAAUAUGAACGUUGUACGAUGAAAUGUGUAGAUAAAUAUAUUGGUCUCAUACCAAGUAUGAUGCGUUCCAUUAAAACAGUUUUAGCUAACGGGCCUAACGAUAUAAAACAAGCCUGACUAUAUAAUGCAUGUUUAAUGAAUGGAUGUUUAAGAUCAUGAGAUUUAUUUUUGAAAAUUAAAAUACGUUACUUUUAUGUUGAAGGGAUAUCUAUACAAAAAUGUGAAUUUUUAGAGUGAAAACAUAAACGCCAAAAGAUUUUUGAUAAAUUCCAAAACUUCCACUUUGAAAACUAUUUAUCAUUCAUUAUAUUUGUACAAAUCCAAUGUGCAAGUUGGCAUCUAAUUGAUAAACUUAUGACAUUUUUAUAAACUACUAUAAAAAUGUUUAAUUACUUUUUUGCUGCUUUUUGAAUAAAGAAUAAUCCAGCUGCAUUGCCAUUUAAUACACACACACAAAUAUGCGUGUGAAAAAUAGUUGCAACUUUUUGCUAAUUAAGUUUUAAUUAGUCUUAAUGCUUAAACAAAAACAUUAAAAUGACAACUUUUAAUAAUUAUCCUAUA